AUGGCCCAGUCCCCUCCUCUUCAGAACCUCCCGGGCCACGACCACUGGAUCUUCCCACAAGGUUGGGGCUGGGCCGGCCACUCCGACUCCACGUCUCCGGCCUCCUCCUCGGACUCGUCGGGCUCGUGCCCUUGCGACGGCGCCCGCAGGCCCCCGCAGCCCGCUCCACCGGCCCACAGCGCCCAUGCCGCACAAGCCGCCCCGACGGCGCCGCGACGUGUGCGCUCCGGACCCGCCGGCGGGCAGCGGCAGAGCGCCAGCGAGCGCGAGAAGCUGCGCAUGCGCACGCUCGCCCGCGCGCUGCACGAGCUGCGCCGCUUUCUGCCGCCGUCCGUGGCGCCCGCCGGCCAGAGCCUGACCAAGAUCGAGACGCUGCGGCUGGCCAUCCGCUACAUCGGCCACCUGUCGGCCGUGCUGGGCCUCAGCGAGGAGAGCCUGCAGCGCCGGCGCCGGCGGCACAGCGACGCGCCGCUCCCUCGGGGCUGCCCGCUCUGCCCCGACGGCGGCACCACGCAGGCGCAGACGCAGGCGCGCGGCCCGGGCCUGGGCUCAGCCACCGGCGCCGCGGCGUCCUGGGCAUUCCCGCCAGCCUGCCCCGAGGCCCCGGCGGCGCCAGAGGUCCUGGGGAACAGGAUCCCCGACAUGGGUCCCUGGGUGACACCGCCUGACUGCCCUGGGAUGCAGUCGCCCCCACAUCUGUCCCAAGGGAGAGCCCGCGACGCGGCCCUUUGGACGCCGCCCCAAGUCUUUUCGGGAACCCAGACGUCCCCAGAGUCCAGGAACUACGCCACGCCCUGGACGCCAUCCCCCUCGCCCGGGGAGCUGGCUGCAGUGUACCAGGGUAUCUCUGUGUCUCUGGAGCCCUGUCUGUUGCCAGAAACCCCACCCCUCCUGCCCCACCCAGCAUGCCAGAGACUCCAGCCUCAGACCCAGUGGGGAUGCUGGAGCCGCAGUGCAGAGGUGCUCCCCAGCUCAGAGGACCAGGGACCAGGCCCUGCCUUCCAGCUCAGUGAUGAAAGCCCUCCCCAGAGCUCAGGCCUGCGUCUCAGUGGCUGCCCUGAACUUUGGCAAGAAGAUCUGGAGGGGCCCCACCUGGGCAUCUUCUAA